UUAAGCUUCGACGCGUUCGGUUGGGAAAAAACUUUACCCCGAUUCCGCGUGCUUUUGAGUCCCGGUGUUGUUUUGGUUUAAUCUGAACACUCGUAACGCCUGCGCAUUUACCCACAAAACAAAGUUGUCGUCGUUCGGUGUGCAAACUGUUUAAAUCAUUUGACAAAAACAUAAUACAGUGAGAAAUCGAAAACUUGUGCAACACGUGGUGGAACACAUUUGGAUUUACGGAUUCACGCUUGAUAACUGCUUAAAGGUUUGUAACGUGUUCCAUUUGUCAUCUCGUACGCUGGAGGAGCUCUGAUCUCUUAUAUAAUUCACCAAAUAGCCGAAUCACGUGUAACACGGUGGAAACUGAUGAUAACAGGCCGUGCAAACAUUGUACAAAAGCGGCCAAAAAGCGGCAACAAGACUCAAAGAGCGCACGCUCGAAACCCGUCCAGAAGUCAACAGUUGGCCAGACGCCGCAACAGCAACACACACUUUGUUGGCCCGCUUGGCGCUUGCUGCUGCCUGGCAUUUCAUUUCAUUUCGUUUAGCUGGUUCGCGGCGGCAUUACGUGUUUUCGAUUUGAGCUCUGGGACGGUCUACCCGCCAAAAAGAAAGUCACGACACGACAGUUCGCCCGGCUGUCUGCGGCAGAAACGAGAUUUCCAAGAUUCUCUGCAACGAAAGUCAAAGUUACAAGUUUACUCCAAAUUCGAGUUUGGGUUUCAGUUUGAGUUUGGGUUCGAGUUGGAGUUGCCCCGGUUCAACGUCUUUCCACUUUUGGGUCGGCAGCACCGUCGCUCCGUCCUCACUGUGCCACAUUUUGGAAAGUGAAAAUUGAGUGCAGCCCGUGUCCGAAUCUGAAUCUGAAUCCGAGGCUAUCCCACCUUUUGGGGCGCUGCAGUUGAAAGUGAAUUCGAGUUGCAAGUGAUUUUCGGGCCUUUGUUUUUUUUGUAUUUGUUUGAAGCCGCCACCUUCGGCUCGAUCCCAUCAGUAGCCCCAGUUAUUUAGCUACUUGGAGAUACUGCCACUGCCACAGCCACAGCCACUUCACGUCUCAUUCGUUGAUCGAUAGGAACCGGCAUUGCAGCCCAGCAACAAUGGAGGCCGAAGAAGUUACAAAACUUGUCGAUGGCGUUUAUAGGAAUAUACUCGACAGAUUCAAUCCGGGUGCCAGGCAGCUGAUCGCGGCGGGCAAGAGCUACCUCAAGGCGUUGCAUGGUGCCGCAACCGCCUCGCGUCUAUUCAAUGAAGCAUUGGCCAAGAUUGCGAUGAACGCCCAGCAGAGCGGAACGGGCGAUAUUGGUUCGGCUUUAAUGAGCGUUGUGAACGUCAACAAGGAUAUACAGGAGCAGCAGAUGAACAUUCUGAAAGCCUUCUAUGUUGAUCUAUUGGUGCCAUUGGAGACAAAUCUGGAGAAGGACACAAAGGUGGUGCAGCACGAGCAGAAGAAGUUCAUGCAGCAGCACAAGGUGCGCAUGGACAGCUACCAGAAGGCCGUCUCCACAAUGAAGAAGCAGCGCAAGAAAAAGGCCACACCAGAGAAUACCGAAAAGGAGCUGCGGAGCCUGCAGCUGCUGGAGGACCAAAAGAAGAAGCUGGAUGUGUUCUGCGAUCAGAGCUACAAGAAUGCCCUGACACAGGAGCGACGUCGCUAUGGGUUCGUCUUGGAGCGCCAGUGCUCGAUCGCCAAGCACUGGAUGGCCUAUCACACCACCGGGAAGACGGUAAUUGAUAAUAAUUUCGAAAAUUGGCAAGAAAUUGCCGCUUCUCGUGAGAUCAUUCCGCCGUCCGCAUACGAGAGCGGCUACAGCAGCAGCAACAACAACAGCAACAACAACAACGCGAACAUGAGACGCCUGGAGCGCAUCAAAGACGGAGACGACGACCAGGUCCACACCCAGCUAAAGAAAUCGCGCAGCAUCGACGCCCCCUACGGGGAUAUGCGCACCCUGCACGAGCGUGAGAACAUCGGCGGACUGGGGUCAUCGCACUACGGUCAGAACUCGCUGCCACGCGCCAAGUCCGACUUCAAUCUGGCCCUUGUGGGCACUGGCCUGGGCUCAGGCAACAAACACAAGAUCAUUGAGGAGCAACUGGCGCCGCAUAGUGACGAUCAGCGUGGGGAUCAGCGUCCGCUGGUCAAGGCCCUGUACGCCUACAUGCCCUCCGGGGAGAACCAGCUGUCGUUCGAGGAGGGCGACCGCAUCGCAUUGGUGGGUGGCAAGGCCAAGGGCUGGCAGUUUGGCGAGAAUCUGCGCACCCAGCACUUUGGCUGGUUCCCGGUGGCCUAUACAAAUGCCGUGGACAACGGCACCGAGCUGGUGCCCACCACUGGCCGGCGGUACGAGAAUAUGCACAUGAGCUACGAACGCAACGGAGCUGGCAUCGGGGGAAUGGGGGCUGGCGCCGGAGCCGGAGGAGGUGCCGGUGUCGGUGUCAGUGCUGGUGCACUGCGCAGCUACCAUGACCAGAAGCAGCAGCAGUACAUGUCGGAGGCCCAGCUGGAGCUGAUGGACAGCGAUGCCACAUACAGGAGGAGACGCAACCACAGUGCCGAGGAGUCCUCGCCCACACGCAUGUUCGGCGACACUCUCAAGCAGCAGAAGAAAUACCGCGCCAGCUCUGGGGCGAAUCCGCGUCCGGGUCCGCCGCCCACACUCCCGGCGCCAGUGCCCACCGGGCAGCAGAGCCAGUCCUCGCGGAUGCUGAACAGCUCGCAGAGCUUCUGCGCCACCAAUGGAGUUCCGGCCGCAGUCGAGAGACGCAAGCAAAAGUUGCUGAACGGAGCCCAGAGCUCCAUGAGCCAUCCAUCGGGCAAGGGUGGAGUGGCAGCAAAGACCUCGCUCCACAGCAGCAACGACAGCGGCUUCGCCAAUGAGCCGCCCCCACAGCCAGAGGUGGACUACUCGGAUGAGGAGACAGCCACACAGCGUGUGCCCAUUCGGCGCAGAGCCGAUACCAACUCGCACACGCACACGGUGCCGCGGGACGUGGCCUCGUGGACCCUGAACCGCAACUUCCGCAACAGCGUGGACAGCCAGAUGGACGACAAGAGCAUGCACCGGCUGAGCCGGCAGAACGGGAUCGGAGCUGGCAAGAUGCGCUACGAUCUGAUUGCCUCGGAUGACGAGAUACUGCAGGCCUCCAGUGCGGGCCUCAAGCGUACCAAGUCGUUCUGGAAGUUCGGAGGCGGACGCAGCGGCGAGGACAUACUGGCUGGGAUGUCGCUGUGGCAGCACCGGGACCUGGUGGCUGCACCCAAUCUCGAGGAGAUGCGGGACCGCGAUGACCUGGAGCGACGCUCGGACGAGGAACGCAACGUCAAUGGCAAUGGCAAUGGAAAUGGCAGCGGCAGCGGCAAUGGGAAUGGAACGCUGACCAAGUCGCACAACUCCAGUUCGUCGCAGGAGAAGCGGGGACGCAAGGACAGUCUCACCAGCACGGAGCCAUACGGGGAGGAGGAUGAGAACAUCUAUGGCGUGAGUCAGCCCCCUCAGCAGCACCAGCAACAGCAACAACAGCAGCACAGGAGCAGCUACACCCCCAAGUCGCGCAUGAAGAUUAUGAAGACCAUUGAGAUUGACAUCGAGGAGCCCACGGAGGGUGAGCGGCUGAGCACCAUGCGGCGUGGCCAGUCCCAAUCCCAGCUGCAGCAGCAGCAGCAGCAUCAGGCACAACCGCAUCGUAAGUUGGACAAGCAGGGCUCUGGGUCCUCCUCCACGCCACAGCACAAGACGCAGACCCUGAGCCGGUCCAAGCCCUCCCAGCAACAGCAGUUUCCCCUCUCCACCGACGAGGGCGAGAGCGACGAGCACGGAACGCUCAAGCUGAGCGACGUGAACAACUUCUUCGACGACUUGCAGCACGACGGAGGUACCGGCAAAGGUGGACACGGACAUGGGCACGGCCAUGGACUGGUCAUGAAGACGGUGAAGCGACAGGACAUCCUCAAGCAGUACUACACCAGCGAGGACGACGAGUCUGAUGCCGAGCUCAAGUCGACCAGCUCCGAUCCCUACGACUGUAUCGUCAUCAACGAUCAUCUGGUGCGUAAGGACGACAAGCUGCGCCGCCAGCACCAUCAGCAGCAGCAGCAGAUGGAGUUCCAUACCUUCCGCUCCUCCACAUCCACCACAGCGACCAACACGCUGAAGAAGUCCUCCUCAAAGGAGCAGGACAGCACCUUGACCCGCAAUUCCACAGCAAACGCAAGUGCACCCACGGCCACCAUCCUGCCGCGCACACGACUCCUCAAGUCCUCCGCCACCAGCCACAGCAACAACAACAACAACAGCAGCAGCAGCAACAGCCACAGCCACAACCACAAUCAACACAGUGCCACGCUGGAGAGGAACUCAAAGACCCUGACAGGCAACAAGAGCUACGGCCCGUGGUACGACUUCUGGGACCAGGAGCAGCAUGGCAUCACGGGGCAGAAGUCGGCGAGUGCCAAGUUAAAGUGAGGCGGGCUGGUCAUCGGGAUCAGGAUCGGGACCAGAGCCAUGCAAAGAGAAUGAAGUUUCGCCGUUUUCUUACCGGCUAAGAAAAUGCGCAGAGAGCGUGAAAGAUGGUGAGGAUUACGAGAAUGCCACUAGGGCCUCCGACUCCUGCGUCCUUCUGUUUAAAUUUGCAGAUAAUUCUUAGAUAUAUCUUAAUGCCAGACCAGACGAUUGUUUGCUGGCAGGGAAAUUUUUGUUUUUAUUUUGUACAUACUUAAUCAUAUAUAUUUUAAUUGUAAACUGUAUCUAAAGAGCCAGUCCAUAGAGAGGAAACUUCAUGGGCAACAUGGGCACUGUAAACUUUCUUCGCUUUCUGUGCAGCAGCAAAAACCCCCAGAGGGCGGGGCUUGGCUUCAUUCUCGGUCGCCUGCAUCUGCAUGACUCGUAUUCGACUACACAUCAUUGAAUUUGUUCUAAGCCCAAGCAAGCUCUAUUGCCGCGCCUUUCCCUCCCCCUUAGAUGUAAUCAAAAGUAAUGCGAAUGUCAUUUGCCUUUCUAGCAGGCGCGGUGUGUACCGCAACUUUUCAAUAGAUUACUGAAAGCCAGACGCAAAAUCCUGCAACGCGGCUGCAACCUACAUAUAUACCCAGCUA